CAGAGGCAGGCUCUAACUCCAACCCAAUGAGCUCCCAGCCCCUCACACUCACACACACUCCUAACACACACACACACACUCUCCUCAACGCCGGCUCUCGCUCUCGCUUCAACCCUGGGACACAGAAGAAGAAGAAGAGGGAGAGGGAGAGAGAGGCAGCGAGUAGCAGAGAGGGAGAGUGAGGGCGAGGGAGUCAGAGAGGAGAGGGAGAGAGAGGCAGAGGGAGACUGGUGGGGUGCGAGGGAGAACACCAUGGCUUCAGAUCCGGGGCUGGCUGCGAUGCUGCUAUGGACUAUAUCACUACAGACUCUGGGCACCGCAGGAACCAACAGUAACGAAGUGAACCUACUGGACACAACGACAAUCACAGGAGACUGGGGCUGGCUAACGUAUCCAUCACAUGGGUGGGAUGCCAUAAAUGAGAUGGACGAAUACUUCAGCCCUAUCCACACGUACCAGGUCUGUAACGUGAUGAGCCCCAGCCAGAACAACUGGCUAAGGACGGGCUGGAUCCCUCGAGAGGGAGCAAGGAGGAUCUACAUUGAGGUCAAGUUCACCCUGAGAGACUGCAACAGCAUGCCUGGAGUACUGGGCACCUGCAAGGAAACCUUCAAUCUGUACUACUAUGAGUCUGACAGAGCAGUAGGCUCAGCUGUACGGGAGAACCAGUUCAUAAAGAUUGACACCAUCGCUGCUGAUGAGAGCUUUACAGGGGUGGACCUGGGGGUCCGCAGACUUAAACUCAACACUGAGGUGCGAGGAGUUGGCCCUCUGAGCAGACGAGGCUUCUACCUGGCUUUCCAGGACAUCGGCGCCUGCAUUGCCCUCACCUCUGUGCGGGUGUACUACAAACGCUGUGUGGGUGUCAGCCGUAACCUGGCGGUGUUCACUGAUGUGGUGACAGGUGCCGACUCCUCCUCUCUGGUGGAGGUCAGGGGUCAGUGUGUGGAUCACGCAGAGGAGAGGGACACACCCAAAAUGUACUGCAGUGCUGAAGGGGAGUGGCUAGUGCCCAUCGGGCGGUGUGUGUGCUCAGCUGGAUUCGAGGAACACAGAGACUCCUGUGUGGCCUGUGAGGUGGGUUUCUAUAAGCCGGUGGCAGGCGAUGGCCUGUGUGGUAAAUGUCCUCAACACAGCCACUCAGAGACCAGAGCCGCCCUCUCCUGCCCCUGCGACUCCAACUACUAUCGAGCGGCAGAUGACCCGCCAGCAGCUCCAUGCUCCCGCCCUCCAUCUGCUCCAGUGAAUGUCAUUUCCUCAGUCAAUGGGACGUCUGUGAAUUUAGAGUGGGAUCGCCCUCUGGAUACUGGAGGUCGCAGUGACCUGCAGUACAGUGUGUUGUGUCUGAAAUGCUCAGGAGGGCCUUGUGAGGACUGCUCAUCCUCUCCAGGAGGUUCUGGUGGAGGGAAGACAGGCGGAGGGACGAGUGUCGGAGUCGGAGGGACGGUGGAACGUUUGGGUAGUGCAGCAGUCCGAUUCGUUCCCCGCCAAAGCGGGUUGAUGGAGCCCUGGGUGACAGUGCUCAAUCUGGUGGCUCACACCAACUACUCCUUCCGCCUUCUGGCCACAAAUGCAGUGACGCACCUGAGCAGCGAGCCAUCCCCUUAUGCCUUGGUCAAUAUCACAACAAACCAGGCAGCUCCCUCUGAAGUGUUAGCCAUCCGCCAGGAGAACACCAGCCAGAACAGCGUGACUCUGCUCUGGCAUGAACCUGACCAGCCCAAUGGAGUGAUCCUGGAGUACGACAUCAAAUACUAUGAAAAGGAUAAUGAAGUGCAGAGUUACUCCACUCUGAAGUCCAAGAACACCAGCGCCCGAGUGUCAGGGCUGAAGCCAGGCACCAAGUACAUCUUCCAGGUCCGAGCCAGAACAUCAGCAGGCUGCGGACGCUUCAGCCAGAAUGUGGAGAUCCAGACUGGGAAAGCAGCGCCUCUGCACUACAACACCAUGACCAUUAUCUGGAUCUGCAUGGCCCUGGUGUCCGGCCUGGUCACGUUUCUGGCCAUCAUCAUCUGCAGGAAACGGCAAGGCUACACUUUACCACACUACCCAUCGCUGCUACACUGUGGCUACAGUAAAGCCUUCCAGGACUCUGAUGAGGAAAAGAUGCAUUACCAGAAUGGUCACGUGUCAUUCCCUGAUGCAAGGUUCUAUAUCGACCCGCACACAUACGAGGACCCCUGCCAGGCGGUCCAUGAGUUUGCCCGAGAAAUUGAAGCUUCCAGGAUCAAAAUAGAGAAAAUCAUUGGUUCAGGGGAGUUUGGGGAGGUGUGUUAUGGACGUAUGAGACUCCCAGGGAAAAGAGACAUCCCAGUGGCCCUCAAGACCCUGAAGGCAGGAUACACAGAGAAGCAGAAGAGGGACUUCCUGGCUGAGGCAUCCAUCAUGGCCCAGUUCGACCACCCCAAUGUCAUUCGCCUGGAGGGAGUGGUAACCCAGAGCAAACCAGUGAUGAUCAUCACAGAGUACAUGGAGAACGGUUCUCUGGAUUCCUUCCUCAGGAGACACGACGGCCAGUUCACCAUCAUCCAGCUGGUGGGGUUGCUGCGCGGCAUUGCGGCUGGUAUGACCUACCUGUCUGACCUGGGCUACAUCCACAGAGACCUGGCUGCCCGCAACAUCUUGGUCAAUAGCAACCUGGUGUGUAAGGUGUCUGACUUCGGCCUGUCCCGAGUACUGGAAGAUGACCCCGACGCUGCAUACACCACCAGUGGUGGGAAAAUUCCAAUCCGCUGGACUGCCCCAGAGGCCAUCGCCUACAGGAAGUUUUCCUCUCCCAGUGACGUGUGGAGCUAUGGAGUGGUCAUGUGGGAGGUGAUGUCCUACGGAGAACGGCCAUACUGGAACCUCACCAACAGAGAUGUGAUCAAAUCUGUGGAGGAAGGCUACAGGCUGCCUGCUCCUAUGGGCUGCCCUGGUCCUCUACAUACUCUCAUGCUGGACUGCUGGCAGAAGGAUCGCAACGAGAGGCCACGUUUUUGCCAGAUAGUCACUGUUCUUGACAAGCUAAUCCGCAACCCAGAGAACCUGAAAUCUAUGGACACACUCUGCAGUUUAAACAGUCCUCCACUGAUGGAGAGAGCUAUCCCCGACUUCAGUAGCUGUAACUCAGUAAACGAGUGGCUGGACACCAUAAAGAUGGGCCGCUACAAGGACCACUUUGCAGCAGGGGGGUACCAAACUCUGGGACACGUCAUAAGCAUGAACCAAGGGGACAUCCAGAGGCUUGGGGUGACGCUGAUGGGCCACCAGAAGAAGAUCAUGACCAGCGUCCAGCUGAUGAGGGCACAGGUCCUCAACAAGAGUGUGCCAUCUGUGCACGUAUAAUUAUAACACUGAGGUUUCGCUCCGCUGAAAUCUAGAAACCCAGACUUCUACAAGGUCUAGAGGGACUCUGUGGGAUUCAAGGUGAUUUGCUAAAUGGAAGAAGAAGAUACGUGGGAUCUUUACAUGACUUUUUCCUUAAGAGACUGAAGAACAAAAUGUGAAAGGUUUUAACUAUGGAGCAAGUAAAUAUGACUUCUUUUGGACAUGUCCAACCUUUCAUUUUUUUCCUAUCCGAUUGCAUUUUCUGAGUUUAAAUGUCUUGUUUAUAAAUGAAAGGACUGCCUUAAUUACCACAAACGAUUUUAAUUUUAUUAUCUAAUAAGAGAAGAUAAUUUAUCAAUCAUGAAUUUAUCAGAAAAAUAUGAUUUACUGAAGCGGGCAAUAGGAGUGAUGUAGAUGUGGGGGUUAGGACGGGGGCUGUUUUCAGAUGACACUCGCUGCCUUUCCUGCAGUAACACCUUGUUGAGAAUGAGGCCCAGAAUGAGGCUCGACACAGAACAAGUGGAGAAAAGUGAAAUAGUGCUCACCCAAGUUGCCAGAUCGUCUCCACGGUGGAGAAGACCUAUUUCACCCCAGGCUAUUAAUACCAACAACAGGCACAUUUGUCCGUCGUCUAACCUUGAUGAAUGACCCCAGGAGAGCCCUAGAGCCCUCUGCCCAGUUUGAAGCUACGCAGCGCACAACUACUGUACUUGGAAGACAUGUAUGAUUCAGUUACAGUGCACUUUAUUCUACAAUCUCUCUGUGUUGUAGAGGCAUUAAAGUUGUGUCACAAAUCUCCUGUCAGCCACAACUGGAGUCACAAUGUUGGUCUAUUGAAGAAUUUGCUAUAAUAUUUAUGUAAAAUAUUACAUAAAUGAUGAGUUACUAUACAGUGUAAAACCCACAGAGAAAAGGGGAUAUUUAACAUUCAUUAGUGAAGUAAGUUGCUCCAUCAUGAGAUUUCUUUCCAAACUUUCUUCUGUGAUAAUAAACUGAAAUAUAUUUAAAUUACGUGCAAUAUUUGUUUAAAUAUGCACACAACAUAAUAUUGGCCAUUUCACAUGUUGUGGUAAACACUACAUCUGAUGCAUUUUCAGUAUAUGUUUGGAUAUUUUUCUUUUAACUUUUACUUUAAAAUUUAUCCAAAUGCGCUUUUAAUUAAAAUCCAUUUCAAAUCAGGUUUGAAUCUUUAGCAACUAUAUUUCAAAUUCAGUUCUGAGUGUGAAGCUUUAUUCUUAAACUUGGGAACAGGAGUUUGAUAAUUUAAUCUUAACUAAAGGUCCACUUACUACCACUUCGCAUAUACAUAGGACCAGUGGUGUAGUGUUAGUUGAUGAGGUGGAUGUACCACUAGGCAGAUCGGUAGGUAACCGAGGAGUAAGUGGCUAUACUGUCCUAAAUAUUCCACUGGCUUUAUGGCUGAUAGAUGGAUAUAUUUUAAACUGACAAAAAAUGGGUAUGCCCCAUAUACCUGCAUAUACCCUCCACUACACCACUGCAUAGGACUUCUUGUUAGUAUGUGACCAAAGUUCCAUGACAACAGAGCAAACUUCAGUUUGCUCAAGAACAUGAGAUGUGGUCGAAAUCCAAGAAAAUACAGAAACAGCUAGUAAACAGACUCUCUGGUAAGAUAAUUAGAUUAUUUUGUCAAACUCUGCAAGUUCUGUUGUUUACCUGCUUCAAAUAUAGACUGAAUCACAAUGUUUAUUUACAAUAACUUCCAGGUAGAAAACCCUUGUGUCAUAUACAAAAAGUCAAACAGUGCUAAGCAGACACAGCCUGAAUUAGUUGUUUUUCGCCACGUAAAAAAGCCCCCCAAAAAAUCAAUAUCAAUAUCAAUUUAAGUGUACAUCAUAUUUAGGAUAUUGUCACUGCUUUACCUUUCCGUCAGACAGUUUUUUCCAACAGUGAACAGAAGCCAUCGGACUCCAUUCACAAAAAGUAAUUUUACAUAGCUGAAAACUGAGUUGCUUGUCUACUUGGUUGGUUAGUGUGGUAAGGUAAAGUGGAGCAAAUACUAAAAUAUAGUGUACACUUACGCUGAUAUUGAUUUUUUAUUUAUUUAAUUUUGGCUGAAAUAAGUUUUUGCUGCAGCCCUGUCCACAGUAGUACAUUGCUUAGCUUCCCUGCUGGUAGAUUUGGUUAAUCAAAGACGCUGGCAAAACAACGAAGUAGGUAAGCACAGCAGAAAUGUCAGAUAGGUCAGACCAUCGUGUUUAACUAUAUAUCUUUAUAUAUCUUUAAAUAUAUCUUAUAUCUUAUAUAUCUUUAAAUGUUACAAUUAUGGCUGACAAUGAGUACAAUCAACAAGUCUGCUGAUUUUACAUAUCUCUGCGAUUAAAAUGAAUUGCCAGUUGUCUACCCAGAUGUGAUUAUUGUUGUUAGCGCAGUGUCACAGUUAUUUGGUCGAUAGUAGCCUACUUAAAACUGCUAAAACAAAAAUUUAAAAAUGCAUUUGUAAAAUCCUAUAUAUUGACCAUGUUUUUAAAAUAAAUGAUGGCCAAAAGAAACAUCUGUUUAUUUUUGCUUUUUCCAUGAUUAAUGCUAACUGACAACUAGAUGCUAACUCUAGCUGCUACUAUAAUAUCUAGUGUGUAAGCAAGAAGGGUGCUAAUUAGCUAAGCACAUAUUGAUUUGUUAUCCAACUGCUGCUAAAAUGUCAAAAUGUAAACUCAGUCAGAUGUGUUUGUGAAAGACUUAUCAGUAAGAGAAGGUAGCACACAAUAUCAGUCUGCUGAACUGACCUUUAGUUAAACCCCACCCAUUUGUGAUUAUCCGUCAAGCUGCUGGGGUUAAGAUGGAGCUCAUACUGUAACUAACUGCGCUCCCUGAAGAAAUGUCAUCACAUUUUUUCAAAAAGUAAUGCAAAAGAAGCAGACAGAGGGGCGUACAAUAUGCAUCUAAAGGACAUAUCCAGGAUGUCAAACUCACUCAGCAGUGAUAACAGGUUAAAAAGAUAAACAUAGUUAGAAGCUAAAGCUUAACUAUAGGCUGCAGAUCACAGUGCAAAAGUGAACCACCACAUCAUUGGUGAUCAAGACAGAAGAGAAUGAAUAUAAAGGGAAUCUUUGCCGAUAUUCAACUGGCUGUGUGUCAUCUAAUUGUGUGCAGAUGAAUGGUGCCUGUCCCCCCCCAAACCCUGCCAGCACCUGGACUUCAGCCAGUGGAGGCCAGGGAGCUCCAGGGGAAGCCAAACAUGGUUCAUCUGCACACACUGCAAUGACACACAGCUGGUUGAAUAUCAGCAAAGUAUUUCUGUUUCUCCUCACUGGUUCCUGUAGAGCAGGGUAGGUCUUUAUUCACUGUUAUGAUUACAAAAAAGCAAAAGUAGCAUGUGUAUACAUUCAAAAGGCUAUAACUUAGGUAGCUGGCUGGCAACUAGCUAAUCAUAAAGUUUCACUUCCCAGGAUUUGAUUUGUGUUUUGGAACAGGGAAGGAAUGCUUAUCUCCUUCAAACCUCUCCAGGUAAUGAAUAUCAUUAAAACAUGACAUGCUCCAAGCACAAUGUUUAGUUCGAAAGCCACAAAACCAGCCUGAAAAGGAAGGAAAUCUGAGAUGAUUGCAUGAGAGCCUAUGGAGCACAGCCGUGUUGCUGUCAGACUCUUGUCGGAGCUGGCCGAUGCUACGCUAUGAUUUGCCAGUCUGUAUCUGAGGGGCAGCGCUUAGCAAUGGGUCAGUUCUGUUUCAGUGUUAAUUAGCUCCUGUUUAUAGUGACGGUUGAAGGCCUGCAGGCUGGAUGUAAUGUUGGCUUUAUCAGUUGUUUGACAGUUGUUAAAAUUUGACACUGGUCCAUGAAUUUAUAUUAAAACUUACUCUAAAGUAGCCCAUGACUGCCAAACCUUCAAAAUUGUGUACAGCAUUUUUAUAUUCCCUUACAAUUUCCCUUAUAUGCUAAUCCUUAAAAUUCCCAAGAUAUUAGCCCAAUAUAAAUAUACUGUACAUCUUUUAGCUUUCAACCAAAAUUAGACAUAAUGUAGGGUGGAUUGUUUACUACACCCAAGUUGUUGUUUUAGCAUCUUUGGGGUAAUAUUUUGCUGGGCCCUCUUAUUCUCUUUUAUGAACAAAAUGGGACAGUAGCCUGUUUAAUUUAGUGGGCAUUCUGUUAGUACCAGCUCUGUUUAGUGCAAUAAUUCUGUACCCCAGGGAUCAUAUCUGAACACAUUAUUUGUGAAUGUGGGAAAUAUAGUUCACAUAAACCACACAGACUGUAAAAUAAAGUGUUACUUCUGAUUAAAUGUGAUAGCACUGUUUGCCUCAGUGUUGAUGACAAAGUGACAUGUAAGUAGAAUGUUUAUAUCUGAACACUCUCAAAAGUACAUAAUCAGCCCUAAUUUAUACGCCCCUCUGUGCCAUCAAGAGAAUGUCUUUUUCUCGUGCACCUCGGUAGGUCUUCCUCUAGAUGAUUGAUGUCAGUUUUUAUUAGAGAAGAACCUCAUGAUAUUUCUUGAAUAUGUAUUAUAGUGGCAUUUCACUACUGGGUUCAAAAGAUUUCUGUUUCCUUCGGGAUGCUUUUGAAGACACAGGACUUGAACUGAAAUCCCAUAUUUUAUAAAGUUAGGAUAUGUUUUUGUUAGAUUUAUAAUGUAUACAGCAAGUUCAGUCACUGGAAGGAAGAAAAAAGAAAACAAUUUAUUCACAUUUCAUUA